AUGAAGUACGUUUUGGUAUCCGGCGGUGUUAUCAGCGGUGUGGGCAAGGGCAUUAUCGCCUCGUCCUCUGGCCUGCUGCUGAAGACCCAAGGCCUCAAGGUCUCGUCCAUCAAGAUCGACCCCUACCUCAAUGUCGAUGCCGGCACCAUGAACCCCAAGGAGCACGGCGAGUGCUUUGUCUUGAACGACGGAGGAGAGGUCGAUCUUGACCUUGGCAACUAUGAGCGCUAUCUCGGCAUUAGCUUGACCCGGGAGAACAACAUCACCACCGGCAAGAUCUACCAGCACGUCAUCGAGCGCGAGCGCCGCGGCGACUACCUGGGCAAGACGGUCCAGGUCGUGCCGCACAUCACAGACGCCAUCCAGGACUGGAUCGAACGCGUCGCGAGGAUACCUGUCGACGACUCGGGCGAAGAGCCCGACAUUUGCAUCGUCGAGCUGGGAGGCACUGUCGGCGACAUUGAGAGCGCACCCUUUGUCGAGGCCCUGACCCAGUUGCGUCACCGUGCUGGCAAGGGCAACUUCAUCAACAUCCACGUCUCCUACGUGCCCAUCAUCCACGGCGAGCAGAAGACCAAGCCCACGCAACACGCCGUCAAGUCGGUUCGCAGCGCCGGUCUGAUCCCCGACCUGGUCGCCUGCCGAUGCGAGGUACCGCUCGAGGAGAGCACGGUCAAGAAGAUCGCACACCACUGCCAAAUCGACUACGAACAGGUCAUUGUCGUUCGCGACAUGCAGACCAUCUACCAGGUUCCCUUGCUGCUUGAGGAGCAAGGCCUCCUCAAGCAGUUCCGCCUGUCCCUCGAGCUGGACAAGUUGACUCUUGCUCCCAAGAUGCUCCAACACGGUGCCGACAUCUGGAAGACAUGGAAGGCCACCGUCUCACCAAACCCCUCGCACCUGGAAGAGGUCAGCAUUGUCCUUGUCGGAAAGUACGUCGAACUCCACGACUCGUACAUGUCCGUUGUCAAGUCGCUUGAGCACUCUGCUAUGAAGUGCAACCGGCGCUUGAACCUGAUCUGGGUCGACGCGGAGCAUCUGGAAGAGAAGACCCGGAAGACAGACCCGGCCUGCUUCCACAAGGCUUGGCACGAGGUCUGCACCGCGUCCGGAAUCUUGGUCCCCGGUGGGUUUGGCCAGAGAGGCACAGAAGGUAUGGUUGCCGCUGCCAAAUGGGCACGCGAGCAGAAGACGCCGUAUCUGGGUAUCUGCCUGGGCAUGCAGGUCGCUGUCAUUGAGUACGCGCGUGACAUCGCUGGCUUGACCAAGGCUACUUCCGAGGAAUUCGAUGCACAGGCAGAGCAGAAGCUGAUUGUCUUCAUGCCGGAGAUUGACAAGACCACCAUGGGAGGCACCAUGCGCUUGGGUCUCCGACCCACCCUUUUCCAGCCCGGCAGCGAAUGGAGCAAGCUCAGAGCUCUGUACGGAGAGGCCGACACUGUCAAGGAGCGCCACCGCCACAGAUAUGAAGUCAACCCUGAGUACAUCGAGCAGUUAGAAAAGGCCGGUCUGAACUUCAUCGGCAAGGACGAGAAGGGCGAGCGGAUGGAGAUCAUCGAGCUGAAGGAACACCCCUAUUUCGUUGGUGUACAAUAUCACCCAGAGUACCUGAGCAGAGUCCUGGACCCUAGCCGGCCGUACCUGGGUUUUGUGGCAGCGUCCGCAGGGCCUGAAUGUCUGCAACAGGUCACCCAGAGCUACUUGCAAGCUGGCCUUGCCAACGGAGAGGUCAAGACCAACGGCAUCUGA